UUCUAUAAAUUAUGAUAAGGAGCUUCCUUUUGGUUUCAAGAUAUCAUAGACAUAUCGAGAAUGGCAGCAGCUUUGCUAGUGUUUAUGCUUUCAUAUAUUUUGCAUCCUCAAUUGGAGGUUCUUGCACUGGCCACUUCAUCUGAUCAUGAUUUUAGUUACAUGAAAUCAGUAUACAAUGCAACUGAUCUACCAUUAGAAGAUGUAUACGACUAUAUAAUCAUAGGAGGAGGCACAGCAGGGUGUCCAUUGGCUGCAACUUUAUCAGAAAAAUACUCUGUUCUUGUCCUUGAAAGAGGCAGUGCCCCGGUUUCAUACCCACAGGUGUUAAACGCAAACGGCCUAUUGACUAAUUUCUUGCAGGAAGACAAUGGAAAGACGCCUUUUCAGAGGUUCAUUUCAGAGGAUGGAGUUCCAAACGCAAGAGGAAGGGUCCUGGGUGGCAGCAGCAUGAUCAAUGUGGGAUUCUUCUCCAGAGCCGAUGACCAGUUCUACAAUGAAUCAGGCAUUGACUGGGAUAUGGAUUUGGUCGAGAAAGCAUAUCAGUGGGUGGAAGACACUAUUGUGUUCCGCUACAACUUGUCCACUUUUCCGUCUAUUUAUAGAAAAGCUUUGCUUGAAGCAGGAGUUGGUCCUGACAAUGGAUUCAGUCUCAAACACUUGGUAGGAACCAAAGCUUCGGGUUCUACCUUCGAUGACCAAGGAAGGAGACAUGGAGCUGUGGAGUUUCUCAACAAAGGAGUACUGAAGAAUCUGAGAGUUGCAGUUGAGGCAUAUGUGGAAAAAAUCAUCUUCAGCUCUUCCAAUAAUGCAUCACGUUUGUCUGCAACUGGAGUCAUAUUCACUGAUUCUAAAGGGAAGACUCGUCGAGCAUCUAUAAGAGAUAAAGGAGAGGUGAUAUUGAGUGCAGGAGCAAUUGGGAGCCCUCAACUUCUUCUUAUCAGUGGAGUUGGUCCAGUUCCUGACCUGUCUUCCCUGCAUAUUCAGGUUGUUCACUCAAAUCCUGAUGUGGGAAAUUUUAUGGCAGACAAUCCUCGUAAUACGAUAAGCAUUGUAGUCCCAUUUGCAUUGGACCCAUCAGUAGCACAGGUUGUAGGAAUUACCGGUGACUUCAAUAUUAUAGAGGCUAUCUCCUUCAAUUUGUCAUUUUCAUUUCCUCUACCUUUUGGCCUUUUUCCAAAUUCCACUUCUCCCUUGGAAUUUAGUGUGGCAAACAUUGCCGAGAAGUUCUCAGGACCUAAGUCGAGUGGUUCACUCCGGUUGCUGUCGUCCGCGGAGGUGAAAGUUAGCCCGGCUGUUCGGUUCAACUACUUUUCUGAGGUGGGGGACCUUGCACGUUGUGUUAAAGGGAUGAGGAAGGUUGGUGAUUUGCUGAAGACAGAGUCCUUCAAACAACUAAAGUUUCAAGAUUUGGAGGGUGCAGAAGGUUUCAAGUUUUUAGGACCUCCUUUGCCGAAGAACCAGUCUGAUGAUGCAUCAAUGGAGACGUUUUGUCGAAGCACGGUGGGGACCUUCUGGCAUUACCAUGGUGGUUGCUUAGUGGGAAAGGUGGUAGAUGGUGAAUACAGGGUGAAGGGGACAAAUUCACUUCGUGUGGUAGAUGGAUCCACAUUCAAUGCCUCACCAGGAACUAAUCCUCAGGCUACUCUUAUGAUGAUAGGCCGGUACAUUGGGCUCAAGAUUCUACACGAAAGAAAAGCAGCAAAGUAGAAUUGAAAAAAAAGUCUAGAUAAAUGAAGGAAUGAUAAAUUUGUAAAACGACAAUUUGGUGCAUUAUGUUCAAUAAGAUGAGCUUACGUUUCGUAAUGCUUGUUUUUUAAAAUUA